AUGAACAUUAAAUUAAAAUAGAAUAGGCUAACAAAAUUACAAUUUUAUUAUGAGUCAGCAUAAGAAAGAAGAAAGAAACAAGCAUUAAAAUAUAUUAAAACUUAUUAAUUAUUUCAAACUCCAUAAAAAAGUUAAAGAAUAAUUAGAGAAAAUAGGCUUGAUGUCAGUUCUACAAAAUUAGCCGAUUCAAGCUGUUGCUGUUCAGAAUGUGGAAAAGAAUCUGAUUUUAAAUAAAGAAUAUUUAAAAAUUACACCUUCACCCAAACUUAAUAUUCGAUAUAAGAGUCAUAAAGGUAGUACUAAAUUAUGGAUAGAUAUAGAAAUUCUAAAUACAUCAAGAUCUUUAAGAAACUUGUUUAUUGUUUGCUUUUCAUAAUCAGAUAUAAGAUAGUUUAAAAUAUUAGGUAUAGAUAACGGUAGAGAAUGAAAAAAGCUUUUAAAACAAGAAUAGAUCAUCCCAAAAUGACUUUUCUUAAUAUUUUAGACUUUUCAUCAAAUUAAUUUCAUAUAAACCCAAAAUUUAGAUCUGCAACUAAUUUUCAUUCUGUGUAUAUCCAAAAUGGUACAACUGUAAACUCUCCUAAAGAUUCAGAUGAGGAAUUUUAUCAACUUAAACCAAGAAAGUCUUUGAUACACAAAUUUUCAAUAGAGGAAGAAAUUAUGCGUAAAAAAUUAUCUAAAUCCCAAUAAAAACUAUACUUAAUGACUGGAUCGAAUUCAGUUUUAAAUUAAUAUGUAACAAAGAAAUUAAACUAAACAUAUCAAAAGUCAAUUGCAAUUGAUAAGUAACAAUAAAACAUGGUACUUUCAUCACAUUCUAAAAAUAAUGUUGCAAGAUAAAAUUAAUCAAUCUACCUACCUAAUAUCAGAAUAAAAAAACUUAAUUGA